GUUCGAAUUCUGGCAACGGCCGCCCGAGACCGACGCUGAGCUUUCUGCAGUGAGCCAUUUCAUGGACCAUCGACACCAAGGGCUCCUCUUGCGCUGGCAGCAGAACCGCCUCCAGAUCCGGUACCACAGCCUUCAGAUGCGUCGCUACAUGCUUCAGCGCCAGGACGCGCGCGACCCGAACGAGAUGCGGCUCAUGCUCGACGACUACCUGCGCGACCACGGUCGCAUGCAGCGCCUCGCCCGCCUCGAGCUGCGCGAGAUGCGCGCCAACCAAUUCCAUCCGAUGGUGGCCCGCCGCCAGCACCCGUUUGUAAACGAGGUGCUCGACGACAUUAACAUGAACACGGACGACGACGUCGUCGUCGUCGCACCACCGUCCGUGGCGCGGCGCCGGGCCGUCUCGCUCGAUGUCAACAUGCACAAACAAAUCAACGUGCCUCGCAUGACAUUGGACGCGAUACAGAUCAAGGGACUCCGCCACGAGAGCUACGAAGCGCCACCGACGGCGUACCAGCCCCACGGCAACGAAGAGCCGCUCGUGUUGCAGCGCCGUUUCGUCCAGGAUCGCAUUGCCGUCCUGUCGCGCAUGAAGACGCAGCUCACAUCCAUCCCUGGUGACGAGCGCUGGGCGACGCAGCUCGUGCUCAACCGCCACAGCAUCGACCAGCCCGUCCCGAUGCAAGGCGGGCUCACAGCGCUCCAUGGCCUCGAAGAGCUCGUCUUGGCCUUCCUCGACGGACCGAGUCUGCUCAAGUGCACGCUCACGUGUGUGCGUUGGAGUCGCCUCUGCCGUCAAGACACCCUCUGGGAGAAGCUCCUCGUGUCACCGAACGAAGGCUACCCGCUGCGCACGCUCAUGUCGUGCCCUCGCCCAACCCCGGCCAUCCAAGUGUACAUGCUCUUCUACACGAGCGGUCUCGCCGCAGGGCCCGCGUUUGUGCAGCAAGAGUUUAUUCCUGACGAAGCGAACGAGGCGAUACCGACCUCGUCGCGCCACCGCGACCUCUCGACGCUGCUCGAGUCGACGCCGAUCGGCAGCGUCCACGUGUCGCGUCUCUUGUCGACCAAGAAGAACUGGUCGAACGCGCUCUUGUUUCCGACCGAGACGGCGCACCUGCAUGGCGCGUCGUGCACAACGCUCAAGGCGUGGCUCGGCAAGCACUCGCCGCUGCCGCCCGAGACGCUCCGGUCGUUUUGCUUUCAGCUGCUCCACGGCUGCAUUGCGCUGGACGUGGCCGGUAUUGCGCACACGGACCUCUCGCUCAAGCACGUGCUCGUCUUCUCGAGCGAUAGCGACGCGGUGCCGCUACUGCGUAUUGACGGCCACGGCGCGUGGGAGCGCCAGAGCAGCACCUAUGACCACGAGAGUGCGGUCUGGAGCUUGAUCUUUACGACUCAAAACCGGGAGGAGAGUCGUUGGAAGAACCUGCUCUGCAGCUACCUCUACUUGAUCCUGGACGUGUGCCUCGAAGGGCGGCUCGCGAAUUUGCGCCAGCAGUCGCUGCUCCACUGCCUCGCGAUGGACCGGCACAGCAUGCCGCGCGACUUUCGCAGCCUCGCCGAGCACGGCGCGUAUCUCUUGUACCACAACCUGCCCAUGGACACGCUGCUCCACCACCCGUACUUGACGCAGACGCCAUGGGACGCGGUCGACUGGCUCCGCGAGCUCCACCCACCGCGUGACCAGUCGACGUACCUCGAGAACAUCCUAGCGCUCUACGCGACACCGCUGCCACCGUCCACGUCGACGUCGCCGGCGCGCCCGAUCGCUGUGCCCGUCUCGGAUGUGGGCCCGCGCUGCCUCCGCAUGGCAGUCGGGGAGGCCGGGCUGCUUGCGAACCGGUUUACGUGCAUCCGUGCACCGGCCGACGCGACGUCGUACUGGAUGCAAGCGUUGGCGUCGAGCCAGAGUGCGACGCUGGUGCGGCUCGACCUCUCGGCGCUGGAGCUCUCUAGCUCGACAAUUCUCCAAGGCUUGAGCUUGCUCCCGCACAUUACGGACCUCAAGCUGCCCAAGGCGAUGCUUCGGGAAAGCAACAUUGAGCGCUUUGUGGUUGCGUUCGCCAACAGCCUCCUCCCGGCGCUCUCGACGGUCGAAGACGCGUUCUUGGUCGCCGUGCGCCGCAUGGAAGAGUCGUACGUCAAGCAGCUCGAGAUGGUCGACUUUCUCUUGCAGCCAACGCGCGCCGUGUAGGGCUUUUCUCGGCUCUAUUUAAGUGUUUUUCUUCUUGUAUUCUCAAAAACCAUGCGACUCAAGACAACAACUCGUGUUGACUCUAC